AGGUGAUUUGCCGAAGCUCACUCUACAUCACAGAAACUGAAGACAAACACUUGGAAAAAUAAAAUAUUAAUUCCGCGUUCAUUCACUUGAAAUCCAGUUGGAAAGAAAAAGAGAAACCCAGUACACCCGAGGCAGAGAGAAGUUGAGAAAAUGGCCCAAGCUAUAGCUUCAAUGGCGGGCUUACGUGGUUCAUCUCAGGCUGUGUUAGAUGGCAGCCUCCGGCUGAGUGGCUCAACCCGCUUGAAUGUAAAUGGCAACAGCCGAGUUGUGGCCAUGACACGGCCGGGGCUGACCGUCAGAGCCCAGCAGCCGGUGCCUGCUGAUCCCGAAACCAGCCGCCGGGCAGUCCUUGGUCUGGUUGCUGUCGGGUUGGCCUCGGGGUCCUUUGUUCAAGCCGUGCUUGCUGAGGCAAAGUCAAUCAAGGUGGGCCCUCCUCCCCCACCCUCCGGUGGAUUGCCUGGAACUCUAAAUGCUGAUGAGCCAAGAGACCUUGACCUGCCCUUGAAAGAGAGGUUCUUCAUUCAACCGCUGGCCCCAGCACAGGCAGCCCAGAGGGCGAAGGAGUCAGCCAAGGACAUUGUUGGCGUGAAGGAGUUGAUUGACAAGAAGGCUUGGCCCUACGUGCAGAUGGAUCUUCGUUUGAAGGCAGAGUAUCUUCGAUACGACCUUAACACUGUCAUUUCUGCUAAGCCGAAGGACGAGAAGAAAUCCCUCAAGGACCUCACUGGAAAGCUCUUCCAGGACAUUAGCAAUCUGGACCAUGCAGCAAAAAUUAAGAGCACCCCAGAAGCAGAGAAGUACUAUACUGCGACUGUAUCUUCCCUGAAUACUGUUCUUUCCAAGCUUGGUUAAGAGAAAUGAGCAAUGUUCUGAUGUAAGCUUUUUCUUUAAAGGUUGUGAGACAAUUUGUUUGAAGCUAUGUGAAGGGAUUCUAGUUGGAAAAAACUCUUGCUUCAUCUCUCAA